AAAAUGACUGAGAGCUUUCUCUCUCCUCUAUAAAGAAGCUCUCUCUUCCCCCCACUCAUCCCCCAUGAAAACCCUCGGCCCUUCUCCAACCCUUCUGGAAAUAUAGUAUAUUGCACUUUUUUUGGGGGGUAAGUUCAGUUUAUUAUCUGUAAAUGGCGAGCUCUCAGUGUUUGGAGAAUCCACCGAGCUUGGACUCAACAAGUGGGAUAGGAAGUGUCCAAGAGAUUGGUGGCCUAAAGGCUUAUGUGACUGGACUCCAAGAUUCCAAGCUUGCAAUCCUUCUCAUUCAUGAUGCUUUUGGAUAUGAAGCUCCAAAGUUGAGGAAACUCGCAGACAAAGUGGCAGCUAAUGGAUUUCUAGUUGUGGUUCCUGAUUUCUUCUAUGGCGAUCCUAUUGAUCCGGAUAACCCUAAGGUUGACAGGCAAGCAUGGCUGAAGGCCCAUAGCAUGGACAAAGGGUGUGAAGAUGCCAAGCCAGUAAUAGCUGCUUUAAGAAGCAAAGGAGUAACUUCCAUAGGGGCUGCUGGUUUUUGCUGGGGUGGGGUGGUAGUCGUAAAACUAGCAAGGUCCAACGACAUUCAGGCUGGAGUGGUAUUACAUCCGGGACCCAUCACAGAAGAUGAUAUCAAUGAGGUUAUAUGUCCGAUUGCUAUAUUGGGAGCUGAGAUUGACCAUUUUUCCCCGCCUGAACAAUUGAAACAUCUCGGGGAGAUACUAUCCACAAAAUCUGGGGUUGAUAGCUUCGUGAAAAUAUUCCCUGGUGUAAAUCACGGAUGGGCAGUAAGAUACAGUGAUGAUGAUGAAUCAGCUGUCAAGAGUGCUGAAGAAUCCCAUGAGGACAUGUUAAACUGGUUUACCAAGUAUGUCAAGCCCAAGUUUCGGUCUCUGGUAUGAGUAGUCGAGCACCAAUGGCAUCAAUGAAGUGAUAUGUUCUUUCUGAGUUACUGUUUCGUCUGUCAUAAAGAAGUAACGAAAGGUUUCUUAUACUACUACUUAUCUUUAGAUAUAUGAAUAACUUGAUGAUAGCUGCAGUUUCUUGAAAAUUGGAAUGGAGGAUUAUAAGACACUGAUUUUGGUACCGAAUAAGAUUAUACUAUUAUCAAAAGCUUUU